CUAAACACCCGAGGCAAGUUUCCUGACUGGAGCGGGAGGGGAAAGAGGAACGGAGCAGCGGAGUAGCAACUGGGAACUUUUUAUUUGGGUCAUUGAAUAUGUUCAGGCUUAAAGUUUUCAACCCUUAUUUUCCCUUCAUUUUUUAUUUAUUUUUUAGCAAUUGGCCAUGUGCUCCAGUGGAAAACAAAUGGGCUGGUCUCCCUUAAAUUCAACCUGUGUGAAACUCUAUCUGUGCUCCAACCCAGACGAUAGUGUUGUGGAGCGCAGAGCGCUGAGAGAGAAUGUGUUCCCCAAAUUAAUAGAGCACUGUAGAAACACACUGGGACUGGAAGUCAGGUUGAUAGACCCAUUUGAGUCCAGUGAUCCCAGUCGUUGGCCAGAUGAAAACACCAGACAGCAGCUGAUUACAGAAUGCAGAAAGAGCUCUGCAGGACCUUUUUUACUGGCUCUGAUAGGACAUCAGUAUGGCACAGCCAGUCUGCCCCCCCAGGUGGAGGUGUCAGAGUACCAGCUGCUGCUGCAGGAGAGCCAGCGGGCGGGCGUCAGCACCCAGGAGCUGGAGAGAGUGUAUGAGAGGGACGAAAACACCAUCCCACCCUCCUACAUGCUGAGACCUUCACACACCUGCUGUCCUCAGCAGGCAGAGGUUAAGGACAAGGAGGAGAUAAGGAUGAAGGCUAAAAAAGAAGAACUGAGGAAGAUGCUUCAGACCACUGUGAGUCUGUGUGUCCACAAUGGUGUUAUGAGCCCAGAGAGAGCCUGUAGCUACUACAGAUCAGGCCUCGAUGCGGAUCUGAGAUUUGCUCUGGCCAACAGUCCUGACAAUGACAUUACCAGACGUGGCCUGGUUUAUGUCCACAGAGUCAGUAACGCAAAACCAGAGAGACAAAUGAAGUCACAACUUCAGUCAGAGUUUGCUACCUCUGACCUAGGGGCAACGCACACUGAUGGACAAUUAUUAGCAGAGCUUUGUGACAACUUCCUCCCCAGUCUCAUCUCUUCCUCCCAGCUUCUAGUCUACACCACAACCACAGAGUGUGACCGUCGUCUUGGAUACACGACAGCCAGGAGGCAGGGCUAUGCCGAGUCUCUGUGCCAGCAGGUGUACACUGACCUUGUGGGGUUGAUUGACAGCUCAGGCAUCUCAGCAUAUGCUGAAGGCUCUCAGCUCGCUGAUGCUUUGGCCAGAGAGCAGGGAGAGCAGGAGGAGCUGUGUGACGUCCUGUCUCGACUUUAUGACAUCAUUCGGCCGGAGGAGAAACAGGUCAGAGCCUAUGUGGAGCAGCGUGAGCAACUGGUCCCACUAGUGGUGACAGGAGGACCAUGCACAGGAAAGACAGUUCUGCUGGCACACUGUGCUCAACAGAUAAAGUCUUGGCUACCAGACUGUGAUCCUGUAGUGAUCACUUAUUUUUGCGACCUGUCAAUCGACCCUUCCCCAAGGCACCUGUUGUUGAGCCUGUGUUCUCAAAUUGGCGAUAGAUAUCACAGUGAAUGUGGCUCUGAGCAGUAUCCCAGAGAGCUGGACAAUCCCAGCUGUAGCCCGACAUCCAACUUUUGUCUGUCCAAGCUUAAAGAGCGUCUCUCAUCCCUCCUCUCUUUCAUGCCUUCCACCGAACGACCUCUGGUUCUAAUCCUCGAUGGCCUGGAUCACAUCGGAAACAACUUUGGACUUCACAUCAUGGAGAGCCUCCCGUCCCCGCUUCCUCCCAGCGUCAAACUCAUCCUCAGAGUCUCCUCCAAAUGGACACAGGUCCUGCGAGACAUAACCCCACAAAGAGGUCCACUUCAGUGUGUGUCAGAGGGCAGAGAGAAGGAGGUAGGAUAUGUGUGUGUUCAGCUGGGAUUGGUGGACAGGAAACAGUGUCUGGAGAUGUUGGCGUCACUGCUGAGGAAUUCAGGGAGGAGAGUGACAUCAGGACAACAGGCACUGGUGAACCGGGCGCUGACUUCCUGUUGUCUCACCCUCUACGCUCGACUCCUGCACCUACACGUCUCGCACUGGCACUCUGAUUCAGAUGUGACUGAGUCGUCUCUUCCUGAUGGUGUCCAUUCUUCCAUUUCUGCCCUGCUAGAUCGCCUCGAGCAGAAACAUGGCGUCUCUAUCGUGGCUCGUGCCGUCGCCUACCUCACCCUCUCCAGGACUGGGCUCACGGAGACUGAGCUCGCCGAUCUGCUAUCCAGUGACCGAAAGGUGCUCACUGAGUAUGUUCAGCCGGUAGAGAGCCCUCCCUCCAACAUAAGAGUCCCGCUAAUCGACGUGGAGAGACUUCUACUGGAUUUGAGGAGGUUUCUCAUUAGAAGGAAAGUUGCAGGGUCACAUGUUUUGUUCUGGGUGAGCAGGCAUUUCAAGCUGGUGGUAGCAAGGAGAUAUCUAGGCACUCAUGAGGUGAGGAGGGAGAUUCAUUCAGCAAUGGCGGACUAUUUCAGUGGCGGAUUGUCUUGUGAAGUUGCAAAACCACUUCUUGUAAAGCAGAAAUUUGCACCAAAUAAGGACACCGACCAAAUGGAAAUAAUCAUAGACAGGCAGCCGUCCAGCCAGCCAUUUGUCUUCGCCUCUUCUUUCAGAGAGGUUGGCCGAGUGAACCUGAGGAAGGUCUUAGAAUUGCCGCAUCACUUGCAAGGAAGUGACAAAUGGGAGGAGUUAGAGCAUGGGCUGUUAAUGUCUAUGAGGUUCCACCAGGCCAUGGUUCAAGCAGGACUCCUGGACGAUUUGGUAACAAUGUUGGAAGGUGAGGAGUGGUCACCCCACUUCGGUUUGUCAAGGGAAAGAGCAGUCCUAGCAAGCAUAUUGAAGUCUUAUACUUGCUUACUGCAGAGCUCCCCACUGCAGCUGCCCUCGGUGAUGGAGACGAGCCUCCCGCCUUAUCUGGAGGUAUUUCCUGCUCUCAAAGGUUAUGCCAAAGAGAUCCAACAGGAGACGAGGAAAAGAGGAAGCGGAUUAGAAGUAGCACUUUGCCCCGCCCCCUCCUCUGUUCCCUCCAUUCAGUGUUUAAAGUGUGUUGCCAAAACUAGGGAUGUCUCAGUUAGAGAAGCAGCAGGGACAGAGUGUGGGAUUGUAGCAGAGAUCAUGGAUGAUGGCAUGGCUUGGAUUUGGAAAGGCUCUGGUUGUGAUGUAGUCAAACUAUCACUGAGCUGUAAGCAGGAGGAGCUGAAGUUUGCAGUAGUGAAGAGCAGCUGUCAAUUCAUGCUGCUUUCCACACAAUGUAACAAGAUUUUCUUGUGGGAUGUGACCGGCCCAGAAAUGUUUCUGCAGGUUAGGGACCCUUUGAAAAUAGAGUUAAGCCAAAAAACAUCAAACAAAGUUGAGGGGUUUGUUACAAAUCAGAAACUGUUAUUCAUCUGGUGGAAAGAUGAGACUUUUGUGAGUGUGUUCGACAUCUCCAGUGAGAUCUUGACUCAUUUCCAGUGUCAGAGCUGCGUGACCUGUGUGGUUUGCUCCUCUAAUGGCUUUUACAUGUACUGCGGGCAGAUGGAGGGCACAGUGUCCAUAUUUGACACCAACACCAGCAGCCUCCUGGCCACUUGUUCAAACUCAAACCACAAUGCGAUCACAUCAGUGAUCCUGUGUGAAGAGAAGGGGGAAAUGGCAUGUGUUGACAGGACAGGGAGUGUAACCCUUUGGGAUGUGGCAGCCAAAGGAAACUCACCAAGACUUGUCACAGAAAGAGUUACCGAGGAAAAAUCUAAUAACGUUCUCAAUGUAGACUACUCACGUGAAAUUGACACUUUAUUGGUGUGUCAAUCUCACCAGGUUGCACUGUGGGAUAUGUGUGACUGGGAGCAGUGGGACCAGUUCUUGGCGCCACAGGGGAGGGCCUUCAAUCAAGCUGUCCUCUCUGAGGAUGGCCACUUUUUCCUGGCAUUGUUAGACACCUGUCCCCUUGUCUUGGUGUGGAAGGUCAGUACAGGGGACUGUGUUCUCUCCUUAGAAAUAAACAAACGGCAGCCACAUAAACUCCUCAAAAUGGCCUCAGAUAUUGUUUGUGUCGCUGAUGAUGGCUGCCUGACAGUAUGGGACUCUGGGAUGAUUUAUGCUGCAGGUUCAGCUCCAAAAAUGGGGUUUGGAGUGACAGAAGUGGUGGUUGAACGAACAGGGUUCUACACCUCUGAUGGGUCAGAGACCGUGUGGAGAUGGAGAUCAGAAACAGGGCUUCCACAUGCUAACUUCCUACACGACGGUCCUGUGGAAAAACUUUGUCUUUCUCCAGAUGACAUCCACCUUGUAACACUCUCAGCAGGGGAAAUAUACGUUUGGCAGACAGAGACAGGUCAGAACAUCCUGCGAAUCAGAGGCAGCAGAGCAUCAGAAGUCCUGAUCACGCCAAACAGUAACUUUGGGGUGAGUAUUUCUGAACGAGGGAUGUCUCGGGUUUGGAAGCUGGCACAGGGGGGCAUUGUGUGCAGCAUACACCCGUACCUGUCUGAUGCCCAGGUGACGCCUGAGAGCACCUUCCUUAUUGGCCGUCGCCAUGGAGAUCUGUUAGCUGCCAGUCUGUGGUCAGGCUUGAUCAGCAAGCGUUUCUCCUGCGCGGAAAGCUCCGAGCAUGUUGUUGCUUUCCGCACACUUUCAGAGCACCUAGACUUUGUGGUGGUGAUGGCUGCCUCAGGGGCGGUGUACACCUGGAAACUAGCAGAGGAGACGCUGUGCAGGCACUUCCAGCUGCCUUAUAGGUUUCACUGUCAGCCACAAGACUUCCAAAUGUCCUCUGAUGGGAGCUACGCCCUGCUGUCCACUGAUACUGAAGCCAUCCACCUCUUGGACCUAUCUCAGGUUAGACUGUGCUCAUUCAAGGCUGAGGGUCCUGUCAUUAAAGCUUGUUUGGAUCAAACUGGACACUAUGCUGCCUACAUUUCCUGCCCCACCACCACCCUGGAGAAAAACUGUGCCGGUUACCUGCACACAAGGCCCGUCCUCAGAGUUUUAAGACUAGCAGAUGGGGAAAGAAUAGGAAGUGUGUGUCUGACUAAGAAUCCGUUGACCCUGGUUAUGUGCGAGCGGCACUGUGUGUUUGUGGGCUUUGAUGACGGUUCUGUAGGUGUGUAUUCAAUUUUAGAUGACAAUGGGGAGGAUUUGGUCAGGUGCAGAAAGAAGCUGAAUGGUCAGAUGAAGUGCUGCCCUUUUGACAGAGCAUUCACCUGGUUACCACUAGCAACCCCCAAUAUCACAUGGCCUUAAAAUUAUUACAAGCUGUUGUUUGACUGUGCUUUUAAAAUACAUGUAUAACAAAUGUGAUAGCACACAUGAUUAUAUGCACACAUGUAUACUGUAUGUAUAUAUUGAAGUAAAUACAAAUACUGUGUACAUUUGUUCUACACUCCUGGAGAUACUGCAGAACCAUCUGUUUCAUUUCAGUUCUUUAGACCAUCAUGAUAAACUCACUGCAGAAAAACCAACCCAGCAAUUAAGUUUCAUUUCUGUGAAAGCAAAACCAGAUCAGUUUGAUCAUUAUAUAGCCUGCAUGACACAGAGAUCAUUUACACACAUUUAUUUGUAA